CACGAUAUGUUUUCAAAAAGAAAAUCGUCCCGCUUUAAAUAUAACAGGAGACGCUUGGAGAAAUUGGUUUUUUACAUUUUUUUCUCUUUCACUUUUUCCUUUUUUUUCUUUCCUCAUCACUAUGACCGGUAUGGAAGCCCCCUAUCAAGCUAGCUACGCCUACCUCAGCGAGCGCAUUCCCGAAGAAUUCAAGAAUCUCGAAUUGGGUAUCAUUUGCGGCUCCGGUCUCGGUGGUCUUGUCGAUACCAUUGAUGCUUCGACCAAGGUCGAAAUCCCCUAUGGUGAAAUUCCCGGUUUCGUUGUGAGCACAGUUGCUGGUCAUGCCGGUAAGCUCGUGUUCGGCCAUUUGGGUGAAUCCCGUAUCCCUACCGUGUUCAUGGUCGGUCGUUUCCAUUUCUAUGAAGGCCACACCAUGCAACAGUGCACUCUCCCUGUCCGUGUUAUGAAGCUUUUGGGUGUCAAGUACUUGAUCGUGACCAAUGCUUGCGGCUCCUUGAAUCCCGACAACAAGGUUGGUGAUUUGAUGAUCAUCAACGACCAUCUUUCCAUUCCUGGUGUUGCUGGCAAUCACCCUCUCCGUGGUCACAACGAUGAGACCUUUGGUCCCCGUUUCCCCGCUGUCUCGGACGCUUACACUUACUCCUUGCGCAAGAUUGCUUUCCGCGCCGCUUUCGAUGUCGGCAUCUCUCCCGAUGACAUCCGUGAAGGUGUUUACGCCAUGGUUUCUGGUCCCAGUUUCGAAACUCGUGUCGAGGCCCGUUACUUGGCCUCCAUUGGUGCUGAUGCUGUUGGCAUGUCGACCAUUCCCGAAGUCGUGGUUGCCCGUCACGCCGGUAUCAAGUGUCUGGGUAUCAGUUUGAUCACCAACUUGGUCGUGUCUGCCCGUGGCAAGGACGCCAAGCUCGAAGUGCUCCGUGAACGUGGUUUGACCGAUAAGGAGGAUACUGAAAUCGAUACCGAAGCAACCAUUGCUAACCAUGAAGAAGUCUUGGAAACCAGCGCUCGUAGAGCUGGCGAUAUGCAGCGCAUGGUGGGUGCCAGCGCCACCAUGGCUCGCUCUUACAGCUCGGCCAUCAAUGGUCCCGUUAUUGGUAUUGAUUUGGGUACCACCAACUCCUGUGUGUCCGUCAUGGAAGGCAAGAACCCUCGCGUCAUCGAAAAUGCCGAAGGUGCCCGCACUACCCCUUCCGUUGUCGCCUUUGGCAAAGACGGGGAACUUUUGGUCGGUCAAGCUGCCAAGCGUCAGGCUGUCGUGAACUCUCAAAAUACCAUCUACGCCACCAAGCGUUUGAUCGGUCGUCAGUUCAAGGAUUCGGCUGUUCAGGCUGAUUUGAAGGCUGUCUCUUACAAGAUUGUUCCCCACACCAACGGUGAUGCCUGGGUUGAAGCUCAAGGCAAGAAGUACUCUCCUUCUCAAAUGGGUGCUUUCGUCUUGGGUAAGAUGAAGGAGACUGCCGAAGGUUUCCUUGGCAAGAAGGUCAAGCACGCUGUCGUCACUGUGCCUGCUUACUUCAACGAUGCUCAGCGUCAAGCCACCAAGGAUGCUGGUAAGAUCGCCGGUCUUGAAGUCUUGCGUGUGAUCAACGAACCUACCGCUGCCGCUCUCGCCUACGGUCUUGACAAGGCCGGUGACAAGACCAUUGCUGUCUACGAUUUGGGUGGUGGUACCUUUGAUAUCUCCGUUCUCGAAAUCCAAAACGGUGUGUUUGAAGUCAAGUCCACCAAUGGUGACACCGCUCUCGGUGGUGAAGAUUUCGACUCCCACUUGGUUCGCUUCGUCAUUGAAGAUUUCAAGAAGGAAUCCGGUCUCGAUCUUUCUACUGAUCGUAUGGCUAUUCAGCGUAUCCGUGAAGCUUGUGAAAAGGCCAAGAUUGAAUUGUCUUCCACUGUCCAGACCGAUAUCAACUUGCCUUACAUCACCGCCGAUGCUUCCGGUCCCAAGCAUAUCAACACCAAAUUGACCCGUGCCAAGUUCGAAACCAUUGUUGGUGACCUCGUUCAGCGCACCGUUCCCCCCUGUGAGAAGGCUAUCAAGGAUGCCGGUAUCUCUAGCAAGGAUAUUGGUGAUGUCAUUCUUGUCGGUGGUAUGUCUCGUAUGCCGAAGGUCGUUGAGACUGUGAAGAGUGUGUUUGGUAAGGAACCCAGCAAGUCGGUCAACCCUGAUGAAGCUGUGGCUAUGGGUGCUGCUAUCCAGGGUGGUGUUUUGGCUGGUUCCGUCACCGACAUCUUGUUGCUCGAUGUCACUCCUCUUUCUCUCGGUAUCGAAACCCUCGGUGGUGUGUUCACUCGUUUGAUCAACCGUAACACUACCAUCCCCACCAAGAAGGCUCAAGUUUUCUCCACUGCCGCCGACGGUCAAACCCAGGUCCAAGUCCGUGUGUUCCAGGGUGAACGUGAAUUAUGCCGUGACAACAAGUUGUUGGGUGACUUCAACUUGACCGGUAUUCCUCCCGCUCCCAAGGGUGUUCCUCAAAUUCAGGUCGAAUUCGACAUUGAUGCUGAUGGUAUCGUCAACGUCAGCGCCAAGGACAAGGCUACCAACCGUGAUCAAUCCAUGACCAUUGCUGCCUCUUCCGGUUUGAGCAAUGAUGAAAUCGAAAACAUGAUCCAGCAAGCUGAAGCCAACGCUGAAGCCGAUCGUGCUCGUCGUGAUACCAUUGAAAUGGCCAACCGCGCCGAUUCCGUUAUGAGCGAAACCGAGAAGGCUAUGGAUGACUUCAAGGAGCAAUUGGAUAAGGCCGAAGCUGACAAGCUCAAGGAAAAGAUUGCUGCUCUCCGUGGCGAAGCCAUGAAGGCUCAAUCCGGUGACGCUGCCGUCAACCCUGAAGAAUUGAAGGCCAAGAUUGACGAUCUCCAACAGAGCAGCUUGAAGCUCUUCGAGAUGGUAUACAAGAACCGCGCUUCCCAAAACGACGGCGGUGCCGCCCAAGAAAACUCUGGCUCCAACCCCCAGUAAAAAAAGUCUAACAUCUGAUCACAACACCUCCAAUUUAUUCAAGGAAUGCAAAAAAGAACAGAAGAAAAAUUAAAUAUCCUUAUUGUAGAUUAGAACCUAUAGAUGUCGUAAAUACGAUUUCAUCGCGAUGCAAUGUUAAUAUCCUCUAUUCAUUUUUUUUUAUCAAACACCACCCCCAUUUACAUGUUAUCAAUAC